GUUAAUUUUAGACUGUUUUCGCAGGUGCAGACACAUUGUAACGAUUCUAGGUAGGAAUGUGGCUAAAAGCGGAAGAUACGCCUCUUGAUUAUUGUGUGCCUUUGAUACAUCCUGCCAUGGGCGGAAGUGUCUGGGAUUCUGCUCAAUCCACAUCACUCCAAAGCAGCAGUCGAUUGUAAAAGGGAGUCGUGGCGAGAACCGUGUGCAUCUCUCUCUCCCCCCAGCCUUCUCAUCCAAGCUGUAUUUCUGCGUUUCAGCCUUUAAUGCACGAUUUUAUAUGCAGGAGGACAUGCUUCAUCAGGUCUGCGCAGUCGACGUGAACGCCUGCCUGGACACAGGAGAGGAUUAAGUUACUGUUGCUUGGCGGCGGAUUAUUUUAUUGGCCUCCUCCUGUCACGCCCGACUCUUUGGUGAUUCUUUAUCAAAAUCGUAGAGCAAAAGCCAGAUAAAUAUGUCUUUCCGGCGUGGUGUGGUCCGGCAGAGCAAGUUCCGCCACGUCUUCGCCCAGGCGUGGAAAGCUGAACACUGCAUCGAUGAUGUCAGGGUGUCCCGCGUGACUUGGGACAAUCCCCUCUGCGCUGUCAACCCCAAAUUCAUCGCCGUUAUCAUCGAAGCUGGCGGAGGAGGGGCAUUCCUGGUUGUUCCGAUCAGCAAGAGCGGUAGAAUCGAUCAGUCCUGUCCCACGGUGUGCGGCCAUGCAGCUCCAGUGCUGGACAUCCAGUGGUCUCCUCAUGACGACAAUAUCAUCGCAAGUGCCUCAGAGGACUGCACAGUAAAGGUGUGGCAGAUCCCAGAUGGGGGCCUUACGAGUCCGAUGACUGAGGCCAUUGUGACCCUCGAAGGACACAGUAAGAGAGUGGGUAUCCUGGCUUGGCACCCCACUGCCUUCAACAUCCUCCUGACUGCAGGCUGUGACAAUGUGAUUUGUGUGUGGAACGUGGGCACCGGAGAGCUUGUGUACCAGCUGAGCGACGCCCACCCAGACCUGAUCUACAGUGUCUGCUGGAACAAGGACGGCAGCGCUGUCUGCACCGUCUGCAAGGACAAGGCUCUGCGUGUCAUCGACCCACGAAGAGGGACAGUCCUGAAGGUGAAAGAGAAGGUGCAUGACGGCACUCGGCCAAUGAGAGCUGUGUUCCUGUCAGAUGGGAAAAUCCUGACCACAGGCUUCAGCCGUAUGAGUGAGAGACAGCUGGCAUUGUGGGAUACAAAAGAUCUAUCAGAGCCGAUGGCGGUGCAGGAGAUGGACACAAGUAACGGCGUUCUUUUACCCUUCUAUGACCCUGACACAAACAUGGUCUACCUGUGUGGAAAGGGGGACUGCACCAUCCGGUAUUUUGAAGUCACAGACGAAUCCCCGUAUGUCCACUUCCUCAGCUUAUACAGUAGCAAGGAGCCUCAGAGGGGUGCCGGCUUUCUCAGUAAAAGAGGUGUAGAUGUCAACAAGUGUGAAAUUGCCAGGUUCUACAAACUCCAUGAAAGAAAAGUGGAACCCAUUUCUAUGACUGUACCUCGAAAGUCAGAUCUGUUUCAGGGAGACCUUUACCCGGACACAGCUGGCUCGGAGCCGGCUCUCCUGGCAGAUGAAUGGAUUGCUGGCCAGGAUGCUCCACCCCUGUUGGUCUCUCUGAGCGGUGGGUACUCGGCUCCUCCAUCCAAGCAAAGAGACACCCUCAGAAGCAAACCCAAGCUCGUCUCACAGGACUCUGGGGCUGCCCAGCCCUCAGCGGCAUCGCCCACGUCUACAUUUACCUCUGCGGCGAAGGACCAAGAAGAAGAGGUGCCACGAGUAGCCACAGCAGAUGGAAACAGUGAAAGACCGAAGAGAGAGGACGAGCUGUUGACUGAGCUGUUAGCAGAAAUGAAAGCCUUGCGCGCUGUCGUACUUGCCCAGAGCCAGAGGAUCGAGCUGCUGGAGAGGCAGCUGGCUCGGAUAGAGGAUGGGGAUGUAUGAGCAACAUCAGAGGACCACUACAUUCUUUCUUAGUCCAUAGACCAUAGCCUUACUAGAAUCAACAGUACCUUAAGCUGUGUGAGUGGGAGACUGUAGUGUAGGGUAGCGGCAAAUUAUGAAUAACAGCAUCUCACAACCGGGUCAGCUGUUGUGAUAAAAACAAGACAACAGUUUGUUGAUGUGAUAGUUUCCCAGACUGUUGCAGAGAAUUGGGUGUCAUCUGCAUAAAGUGAUAGUGAGAUAAUGUUGUGUUUUUCAUAUGGAGGAGUGUUGUAGCAGCUUUCCGGUGGUGCGAACAGUGCAUUUUUGAGCUUUGCAAAAUCCUUGCAUUAUAUUUGAAGGGCUUUGAAGGCUUUAAUGGCACCAUAGCCUCAAAGUAAUGCACAAAAAAGUGAUGAAAAGCAUCAUAAAAAGGUCAACAUGCUACAGCAAAGCAAUUCAGUACCUCUAACACAAUUUUUUUCUAUUAAGCACUAAAAAUAUAACCAUUAGGGCUAAUUAAUCAGGUAGUUAAAGCUGCUUAACUGUGAUGUCAUAUCAGAAACUCCAAUUGUUAACUCAUUGUGUGACUUGUACUUCAUUUUACUACAUUAUAGGAUGCAGUGUGUAAGGUUAACGGUAGGAAAAAAAAACUUCUGGUACAGAUAACAUGAGCUUAACAGUGAGAAUUAUGUGAAGAGUAGCAGAAGAGGGUGUAGUUGAAUAUUUACAUGUAUUAUAAUUAUCUGUGUAGUCUUUGAAGUCAAUGAAAGCCCCCUUGUGAUUUUGUACCUCGGAGCUGUGAGCUAAAAAAAAAAAAUGUUGUGUUUCAUUUCAUGCACUGAUAACACAACCCUUGUAACAUACUAAAUUUGUUCCCAACAGCAGCUCAGUGUUUGCAGCCACAAGAAAGAGGAAGUUGAAGUGAAAUGUGAAACAUUUUCUACUGUUAGAAAAUAGCAUUUGUAUUGGUGUUAAAAGAUUGAAAGAUAUCUAGGAUUUUUUAUUUUUAUUUCAGUGUUUCUUGGCGUUACAAUUAGAUGCAUUCAUCUGUAAUGUCUCUGAUCAUGUGACAAUGUUACAUUCCACACCAAGUUAUCCCUUUAUAACUUAGCUAAUUUAUAUUUCUUUAUGCACUGACCUCCUAACACUAUCUGUAAAAUCGGUAGCAAUGAGACUACUCUACUGUUUAACUCAAUAAACAUUCAUUCCUCCUUUGUAUUAAUGAAA